AUGGAGAUUUUUAUCAGGCUGCCGGCGAAAACUCUUGCUCGUUUCAAGUCUGUCUGCAAGGCAUGGCACACCAUCAUCUCUGAACCAUUCUUCAUCCGCAGUCAUCUCCGCCACUCUGCCUUCAAGCAUAAACAGGAGCCCUCCUUUUUUGUCAUUUUGCAUGCGCUGGACAAUGUGGUUGAAAUUACUUUCUCGAAUAAUGUCCCCGUCUUCCGGUGGAAGGAUGGCCAGGGCAAUGCAUGCCUUGUGCAUGCAAUGGAUUUCCAUGGUGAGUAUCAGAUAAUCAAUAAAAUGUCUCACUGUGAUGGCCUGGUGUUAUUCCCAACUGACACCAAGUUGUAUGUGAUCAACCUGACCACAAGUGAUGUUCUUAGGUUGCCUGACAACCAAGAGUCUGAUACGCUGAGGCAGGCAACUGGGCUGGGUCUUGACCCUCGCACCAACAUGUACAAGGUUGCUCGAUACUUCUACCGUUCUGUAGACCAUACUAUUGGGACUUAUGAUGCAGCUAUGGAAGUGUUCUCAAUUGGUCAGGAUGCCUUCUGGAGGGAGACAUCAGAGGUUCCACCAUACCCACUUAGAAGAUGA